UUUCGGUACCGCUAAAACAUGUUUACCGACGGUGUCUUCUCGUGCGAGUUCGAGGUAUAUGGUAAGGUCCAAGGCGUCUAUUUCCGGCAUCAUGCCAUGAUCAAGGCCAAGACCAUGGGACUUCGGGGCUGGUGCAUGAACACGGCAAAAGGCACUGUCAGGGGCUACAUGGAGGGGCGGCUUCCCGAGAUCGACGUGAUGAAGGAGUGGCUGAAAAACACGGGCAGUCCCGAGUCGAAUGUCGAGAGGGUGAAGUUCAGUAGGCCACGUGAGAAGGAAGGAUAUGGCUUUCCCAAUUUCCACGUCAGAGCCGAUGGCUAUGCAGAGACUCCAGUUCCAAAAAAAAACAAAAGAGUCCGACUAUAUUGAGUCAACCCCAAAACCAAAAGAAUAUUAGCAUUAAAGAGCAUCUCAAAUGGAAGAUUUCUGGGCCUGGGAUCUCAUCAGCUCGAUCUGGACUUACCCGGUAAGAAUAUAUCACUGAGCAGCCAACCACAUCAUAAAUCUGGCUAAUAUUUAUGAGCUCAUAUCCGAGACAGAUAGACUUUGCAGAUCCCAAUCUAAUUACAGACUGAAUCGCACAUCAUGCAUUCGCAUCUGGACGCCACUGGGAUAGCAAUCAAGCAAUCAAUCAGCAUGCCAACUCAUUCACUGUACUCGGGUGGCCAGUCACCAAGCACCAGCUAUCACCUCUACGGAUUGCUC